UCGGAAGAAUGGGCGCUUUGGCGAUAACGGGACUGGCGUAUCCCCACUAGCUCCUGGCCCGCGUUCCCCUGGAUAACCUUGUUUGCAUUGCUCAAGAAGAAGUAAGGGUCACUCUGUUCUCUGCAGCCGGUUUCCGCUGUGCGCAAUCACAGCUCCAGAACCAGCGGUGGAGUCGGUGCGCUCUGGCAGAAAGCGUCCAGCCUCCUCAUCUCUCGGCUCAGACAGCAGUCAGCGUUCAUCUCCAUGCGUACCAGCGUCAGCUACCGGCUGUCAUCUGUGGCACCCUUCGCAAUGGAACCGCUAUAAUUCUAUUUUCGGUCUUUUUCUUUGCACCCCACACCACAUUUUACUCACUAGAAAUCGAGCACAGAAAGGAAGUCAAAGCGACAAGCACACCAUCUUCAAGUUUUCUCGUGUGGUUCGCACUGGAGGGGAGGAAGCGAUGGCAGCCCCGGUGAAAGCAGUGUUGGCUCUCCUGGUUCUCACCGUGGCAACUGCCCGCUGUGCGGAGGUUGAGGAGCGUCUGGUGAGUCACCUGCUGUCGUCGGAGCGCUACAACAAGCUGAUCAGGCCAGCUGUCAACAACAGCCAGCAGGUUACCAUCUACAUCCAGGUGUCUCUAGCUCAGCUGAUCAACGUGAACGAGAGGGAGCAGAUCAUGACAACCAACUGCUGGCUCUCUCAGGGGUGGAACGACUACAGAUUAAUGUGGGACCCUGAAGAGUAUGAGGGAAUCAAGAAAAUCAGGCUCCCGUCGCAGCACAUCUGGCUGCCAGACAUCGUCCUCUAUAACAAUGCCGAUGGCACCUAUGAAGUCUCUUUCUACUCAAACGCUCUGGUCUCCAACAAUGGCGAGGUGACUUGGCUCCCACCAGCCAUCUACAAGUCAGCCUGCAAAAUCGAGGUCCGCGAUUUCCCCUUUGACCAGCAGAACUGCACCCUCAAAUUCCGUUCUUGGACCUACGACCACACGGAGAUCGACCUCAUCCUCCUCAGUGACUAUGCCUCACGCGACGACUUCAAACCCAGUGGUGAGUGGGAUAUUGUGUCACUGCCUGGGCGCAAGAAUGAAGACCCCAAUGAUAUCCGAUACCUGGAUAUCACCUAUGACUUUAUCAUAAAGAGGAAACCUCUGUUCUACACCAUCAACCUCAUCAUCCCCUGCAUCCUCAUCACAUCUCUAGCUAUUCUGGUGUUCUACCUCCCGUCAGACUGUGGCGAGAAGAUGACUCUUUGCAUCUCUGUCCUCCUGGCCCUGACUGUGUUUCUACUCCUAAUCUCUAAGAUUGUGCCACCCACGUCUUUAGCAGUGCCUCUGAUUGGGAAGUACCUAAUGUUUGCGAUGGUGCUGGUCACCUUCUCCAUCGUCACCAGUGUUUGCGUGCUCAACGUGCACCACCGAUCCCCAAGCACGCACACCAUGCCCCUCUGGGUCAAGCGCGUCUUCCUGUACCGGCUCCCCUCCUUCCUCUUCAUGCGGAGGCCCGGCAGCUCCAACAUCCGUGAAAGGUUCCGAAAAAAACACCAGAAACAAAAGUACUCGGAGCAGAAGCUGCGCGGCGCGGAGGGCGGGGCUGGAAGCGGCGCAGGGAUGGCGGAUUCCUCCUCGUCCUUCUACGUCAACGAGGAGUCCGCCAAGCGCUACGGCUGGAAGGUCAGCGACUUGUCGGAGAACACGGAGUUCAGGAAGAGGAUGACGCUCAAGAGCAACAUUGACGUGGAGGAUGCAGUGGAUGGAGUGCGCUACAUUGCAGAGAAAAUGAAGAGCGAGGAUGAUGAUGAGGGGAUCAUUGAAGAUUGGAAGUAUGUGGCCAUGGUGAUCGACCGCCUCUUCCUGUGGAUCUUUGUGUGCGUGUGUGUGGUCGGGACAUUGGGCCUCUUCAUGCAGCCUCUGUUCCAGAACUACACCACCCCCAUCCUCGACGACGUGGAGCAUAACUGAAGUCCGAGCUUCGCUCCUGAACUUUUUACUCCCCCCUCCUAGAAACAGAGCUCUGCAAAACAUUUUCUCACAUGAACUCACACGUCCGCCUCUCACCGCACUCUGACUGGGAAUUUAUAUCAGUGCACUUCAGCGUACUUCCAACACCUGCUCCCCGUCUGCCAUCGUCAUCCUCUGCAUGUUAUUUACAACAGGAGCUGGGAAUCGUGCAUUUUAACGAACCUGAAAACCUCAAAUUUGCUUAACUUAUUUCAGUGAGGAAGAUAAAGGAAGGUUUUUGUUAUAGCAUCAGUCGCAAUAUUUACUACUAUAUUUCUUUUUUUUUUUUUUCAGGAACUCCUGGGCAAGCCAUAGUUAACCAUAUUUACAUCUGAAUUCAAAACAUGAAGUGAAACCUGAAAGUGUAUUGACCUUUAUCACUGUUAAGAUUAACCUGACCAGCAGCAACUCAGGACCGUAAUUUUUUCCUGUGCAGGACUUUCAAGUCUAAUGGGUAAAACAUGACAUAAUUGGGGCUAGCAUGGACACAGCAUUACAUCUGAUUUUUGUUUACUCAAGGACAGACGUAGCCCAAAGACGAACAGAACCACUGACUCUCACAAGCAGGCUCAUCGCGUCAAUAAGGGCCUCACAUCGCCAUCACUGGCCCUGAAGAGAAGAAGACGAAUCUCUUCUGUGGCAGACGCAUGGAAGAUCACUCCCCCCUUUUGGCCACACAUGCUGCAAGAACUUUUUGAUAUUUGCCUUGAAAAUGAGACUGAGAGAGGACGCAGAACGGCCGACAGCUGGACUGCUCAAAUGAAAAAAUGGAGCGCGGGGGAGUUGGAGUCUGUUUUUAUGCUCACUCGGACUGUGGCCUGAUUUAUUUCAUAGACAAAUUAAAUCUAUGACUUUUGUGAAGUUUAAAAGCAGAUUUGCUUUAAGUGAAUGAGGGUAGUGCUAAAAAUACAGCUGUUGCUGCUCACUGUGCUUUUUUUUUUAGAGGUACAGUAUGCUGGCUUUGUCAAACCAAUGCUUGAUAGCAUCCAUCACCAAGGAAACCAGCAGAAAUAAUAUUGUAUAGUAUUUUAUAUGCACUAAGCUGAAACAAACCGACCAUCUCUUCACUCGCAUUAUAUUCCGUUAUGCUGUACCCUCGAUUAUCGCGAUUUGUUAUCUGAGAUCUUACUUGAAUCUGUGUCCAGUAAUUAUUUCUGAGAGGUGUCACUGUCAUGAUGCACUCAUCUGUCACUGCUGCCAACGGCGGAACAGUGUAUGAACUGAUUUCUUCCAUCUUUGUUUUCUCGGCGGUUGAUAGAAUUAAACACGCCUUUUCUUUUUCUUCCCACUUGCCAGUCUUGUUGCGUGACUUGUUGAAUCUUGUCUUUGAGGAGGGGACGGUGAUGAGACCUGGCAUCCUGCUAAGUUGAUCGUGAAAUAAAUUGAAAGCAACCAUCAGACUUGA